AUGGAGAACCAAGAAGAGAGAAGUAGCUGCCGGCGGCAAAGGGUGGUGCUUUUUCCGUUGCCAUUUCAAGGCCACAUAAACCCAAUGCUUCAACUGGCAAAUAUACUUUACUCCAAAGGCUUCUCUAUCACCAUCCUUCACACCAACUUCAAUUCUUUUUACACGUCAAACUACCCUCACUUUACCUUUCGACCCGUUCUUGAUACAGAUCCUAAAGACACCAAUCUUUCCAAGUUAGCUUCCCAAGGGGUUGGUGAUCUUCUGUCGGGAAUCAUGCUGUUGAAUCAGUAUGGUGCAGUCAGCUUUCGCCAAGAGUUGGAUCAGAUGUUAAUUGCUUCAAAACAUCAACAUGAGCCUAUUGUCUGUUUGAUCACUGAUGCACUUUGGCAUUUCACUCAAUCAGUGGCAGAUAGUCUUAAUCUUCCCAGAAUUGUUCUAAGGACAAGUAGCUUGUUUUGUGUUCUUGUUUAUGCUUCUAUACCUGUUCUUGAUGAUCAAGGUUACUUUAACCAAGUAAACAGCGAUUUGGAGGAACGGGUAUCAGACAUUCCAGUUCUCAAAGUGAAAGACGUUUUGAAGAUGAGAAUCAAAGGCCAGGAUGAUCCUGCAGCAAAAUUACUAGCUAACAUGUUGAAACAAACAAAGGCAUCUGCAGGAAUCGUUUGGAACUCCUUCAAGGAACUUGAAGAAUCCGAGCUUCUGAAGAUCCAUCAAGACUUCUCGAUUCCUUCUUUCCUGAUCGGCCCAUUUCACAAAUACUUCCCAGCCUCAUCGAGCAGCCUGCUAGAGCCAGAUAGAAGCUCCAUAACAUGGCUAGAUCACCAAGCACCCAAUUCUGUACUAUAUAUAAGUUUCGGCAGUGCUGUUCAACUAGAAGAACAAGAUUUAUUGGAAGUAGCUCAUGGUUUGGCCACUAGCAAUCAGCCAUUCUUGUGGGUGAUGAGACCAGGGUUGGUCAAAGGUUCAGAAUGGCUAGAACUGUUACCUAAUGGGUUCCUAGAUGAGGUGGGUGAAAGGGGUCAUAUUGUCAAAUGGGCUCCUCAACAAGAAGUACUAGCCCAUCAAGCAACCGGAGCGUUUUGGACUCACAACGGAUGGAAUUCAACGUUGGAAAGCAUUUGCGAAGGCGUUCCUAUGAUAUGUUCGCCAUUUUGGGGCGAUCAACCUUUAGAUGCAAGAUUCAUGAGCGAUGUUUUGAAGGUAGCAGUUUACUUGGAGAAUGGGUGGAGGAGAGAGGAGAUAACAAGUGCCAUAAGAAGAGUACUGGUGGAUGAAGAAAGGGAAGACAUUAGAGAAAGGGCAAGGUGUCUGAAAGAAAAAGUAAAUGUUAGCUUAAUGAAGGGUGGUUCUUCAUACGAGUCAUUAGAAUCUCUAGUUGGUUUCAUCUCUUCGUUUUAAUCAAUAUGGAUCUUUUAUAUUACGU